GUCUUAAUAGGUCUAACUCUGGAACCAGUUGGGAAGGAAAAGAAAGAAGCGGCAGAUUAAUGAAAGCAGUCCGAGUUUUUGAUCGAUUUAGCCUUUUUCACUCAUUUUGGAAGCACUCCAUGAGCAGCUGAGGACAUAAAGCAACGGUUUCGUGGCCGGCGCCGCCUCCUUGCAGCAGCCGACAAUGGGCAGAUGUUUCCCAGGAUCAGUCCUUGCAGCACUAAUAUUCACGUGCAGCAUGUUGAUCCCUGUCUCGGUGCUGCUCACCUUCACCACCAUUGAUUCUACUUGGAGUUCCAUAGAGAAAAGAGUUUCUGUUCCGAAUGUCGCCGCCCGUCUGCAGCCGAUACAUGUCAUUGAAGAUGUGCAGGCAGCAGUGAAGAUGGCCGGAAACAUGCGGAUGCAGCCGGAGAAGAGUAGAAGGAUAGAGUUUAUGCUGGUGACAGGAGAAAGGUCUGUGGCAUGUGGCAGCAGCGAGGGGUCAUAUGUGAUGAUGAUGUCUUACAAGAACAAGAUCGAUUACUGUAACAUCCAUGGCUGCAAGGUGUGGUAUGCUCUGGAGGUGUGGGAAAAUGGAUUCACAGGGACAUGGGCGAGGUACCCUCUGCUCUUAAAGUUGAUGAAGGCCAACCCCAAGAUUCAAUGGUUUAUGUGGAUGGAUUCUGAUGCCAUUUUCACUGACCUAAAUUUCACCAUCCCCAUAAGAACUUAUGAAGAUUGGGGAAAGAAGAUGGUUGUGCCUGGUUACUGGGAGAAGGUUUAUGCAGAGAAUCCCGACUGGAUCUCACUGAACGCAGGCAUUUUCCUCAUGAAGAACUGUGAAUGGUCACAUAAGUUCCUCCGGAGUUGGAUGAGAUAUGGUGAUCCUUCCAACUUGGCAUCAUCCAAGAUGCGACUGAAUUCUUUUCUGACGCGGCCAAAAUAUUGGGAUCCUGAUGAUCAAAGUGCUCUGGUCUACCUUCUCAAUCUCAACAAGACUGACUCACAAGCAAAUGUUUACCUUGAAUCUGGUUAUGACCUCCAUGGCUACUGGAAAUUCAUCGUUGACAAUUAUGAGAACAUCACAAACAAUGACAAGUCACGGCCUUUCGUAACACAUUUCUGUGGUUGCAACUUCUGUGGUAGAAAGAAAAUCUCUGCAGACUGCUACGGAGGUUUCAGGCGUGCUUUUAACUUUGCUGACAACCAAUUGCUGUCUCAAGUCUCACUUUCUCACCUCAGUCUCAGCUCCCCAGAUCCAUUGCUGAAAGCAACUUCUGCUAAAACAUCACCAGAAAGUCCCUAGCUUUCUCGCAGUACAGACAAACAAACUUAUUCAUUGUUUCUUCACUCCAACACCCAUUUAUUGAAAGAAUUGAUGCAUAACACUGCUAGUGAUGAAUUAGAAGCACACCCACAAGAGCCAAUGUACAAUAAACAAAGCAGGAGAAAGGAAUAAAACUGAAGAGGAAGAGAGAGCAGAUUUUGCAUAGGCUUUCUGGUCAAGUGAGUCAAAACGACAUGCCUGUUAUCUUGAAGAAUCUAUUCUGUAAUGUAUUUUGCUGUAAACAAAACUUUUGCACGAAGGCGCCUUUGGUUUAUAGAGAAUCGGUGAA